ACAGCAGUUGAAGCUCAAGGAAUGGCUACUUCUCUUCUGCACUUUCAUUCCCUAACCAUUCCAUCUUUUCAAGAAUCUCCAUUUCUGUUGUUUUUUCCGGAUCUCGCAAAUCCCCGUCUCACUCGAUCCUCAUGGUCGCCUUCUCUUGCUCAUAUUUCCUCCUCCUCCUCGUCCUCCCUGAGGAGCUCCACCGGCAAUUCUCAUGCUCUCUCCCCUAUCGUGUGGAGGUGUUCAUCUAGGGUCAAUUGCUAUCCUAGGUCGACCGAAGAGGGAUGGAGCGAAGGGGAAUCCAUCCAUACUGAAGGUAGUGGUGAUGAUUGCAGGGACAAUUACAACCACUCUGAAUCCCAGUCUCCAAUUGCUGCGACUUCUCCCGUCAAUUCGCAGAAAGUACCAACGUAUUCCUACGAUUCUCUUUCUCUGGGGAUUAGGGAGCCGGUGUACGAGGUGGUAGAAGUGAAGCCAGAUGGAAAAGUGUCUACAAGAAAAAUCAAUAGGCGGCACUUGUUGAAGUCAAGUGCAGGUCUUCGUCCACGAGACAUCCGGAGCAUUGAUCCUUCGUUGUGGGUGACUAACUCAAUGCCAUCAUUGUUGGUGCGUGAGCAUGCUAUUUUAUUGAAUCUUGGGUCCUUAAGGGCAAUCGCCAUGCAAGAGCAUGUUUUUAUUUUUGAUUAUCACCGUAAAGGAGGAAAAGCUUUUCUUGCUUCAUUGUUGCCUCGCUUAAACCAGAAAAACACAAAUGGUGGGCCAUUCAUGCCAUUUGAACUUGAGGCUGUUGAAGCAGCUUUGAUUUCAAGAAUACAGCGUUUAGAGCAGAGACUAAUGGAUGUGGAACCUCGUGUUGCCACAUUACUUGAAGUUUUACCAAAUCGGUUGACAGCUGAUGUACUAGAGCAACUUCGUCUCAGUAAGCAAACCUUGGUUGAAUUGGGUUCACGGUCCGGAGCUCUGAGACAGAUGCUGCUCGAUCUUCUAGAAGAUCCCGAUGAAAUACGGCGUAUGUGUAUCAUGGGAAGAAACUGCUCGCUUAGGAAAGGAAGCGGUGAUAUUGAGUGCUCUGUUUCCAUAGACAAGGAGAUUGCUGAAGAAGAAGAGGAAGAGAUUGAAAUGCUUUUGGAAAAUUAUCUUCAAAGAUGCGAAUCUUGUCAUGGUCAAGCAGAAAGACUCCUUGAUUCUGCAAAGGAAAUGGAAGAUUCUAUCGCUGUCAACUUAAGCUCACGGAGACUUGAGGUUAGCAGACUUGAACUGCUUCUCCAAGUUGGGACAUUUUGUGUGGCAGUUGGUGCUCUUGUAGCAGGUAUUUUUGGGAUGAAUUUGAAGUCCUAUCUUGAAGAGCAUGUGUAUGCAUUUUGGCUUACAACUGCUGGCAUUAUUGUUGGUGCUGUCGCUGCGUUCUAUCUUCUGUAUUCUUACCUUAGGGCAAGGAAAAUAUUGUAAUGUUUGAGGUUCUUCAAAGGUUGGCAGACCUAUUUGACAAAGGUGACACAUACAGAAUCCAGCACCCGAGUGGUGGGAAAGAUUGAAAGAUGGUAUUUU